UUUGCAUCUAUUGGAGUUUUUGGCACUGGUUCGCGCUGUUGUUUUAACACUUACUUGCAUCCUAACACACUUCGUCUCCAAACAUGGGUCGGAAAAACGGCGCCGUUUUAGUCAGCGAACCAGUCGCCGAAGAGGUCCACAACAGCCCCGAACUCGAAUCCGAGAAGAAGAAGAAGAAAAAGAAGAAGAACAAAGACAAGCAUCAAAACGAAACCAGCCCCAAAAGAAAGCUCAACGAACUCGACCUUGAAAACGGCACCGAAUCAAACAAGAAGAAGAAGAAGCACCACAAGUCGAAUGAGAACGUGGAGGAAACCGACGCAGACGGUAAUCGUGAUGAAACGGCGACGGGCGGGCUCGUGGUGGUUACCGGGAAGAACGCCGGAGACGCCAAAUAUGCGGCGGUGAAAACAUUUGGGGAUUCUGAGCUACCGGAGAACGUGUUGGAGUGCUGCAAGGGUUUCGAGAGGCCUUCUCCGAUUCAGUCCCGAGCGUGGCCUUUCUUAUUGGACGGUCGUGAUCUGAUUGGAAUUGCGGCCACUGGCUCAGGGAAGACGUUGGCUUUUGGAAUACCGGCUGUUAUGCAUGUUUUGAGGAAUCGGAAGAGUAAAGCGCCCAAGGGUCGGAAUCCUCUUUGCCUCAUGCUCUCUCCCACUAGGGAGUUAGCUCAACAAAUAUCAGAUGUCAUGUGUGAUGCUGGUAGGUCUUGUGGCGUGGAAUCAAUUUGUUUGUAUGGUGGAACCUCCAAAGGACCACAAAUAUCUUCCCUAAAAUCUGGCAUUGACAUUGUCAUUGGAACCCCUGGUCGUAUACAGGAUCUGAUUGAGAUGGGUGUCUGUCGCCUAAAAGAAGUAUCUUUUGUGGUCCUUGAUGAAGCAGAUCGGAUGCUUGACAUGGGUUUUGAACAAAUAGUUCGCUCUAUACUGGGUCAGACAUGUUCUGUUCGUCAAAUGGUUAUGUUCAGUGCUACAUGGCCUUUACCAGUUCAUCACUUAGCACAGGAGUUUAUGGAUCCUAAUCCUAUAAAAGUUGUUGUAGGUUCAGAGGAUUUAGCUGCCAAUCACGAUGUCAUGCAGAUAGUUGAGGUCUUGGAUGACCGAUCACGGGAUAAGCGUCUGGUUGCGUUACUGGAAAAGUACCACCAAUCUCAGAGGAAUCGAGUAUUGGUUUUUGUCUUGUACAAAUGGGAAACCUCUCGAGUUGAAAAAAUGCUUCAAGAAGGGGGUUGGAAGGUCGUGUCAAUACAUGGGGACAAAGCACAACAUGAUCGUACAAAGGCACUAUCAUUAUUCAAGAAGGGAAGUUGUCCUUUGAUGAUUGCUACUGAUGUGGCCGCUCGGGGAUUGGAUAUUCCAGAUGUUGAAGUGGUGAUCAACUAUAGUUUUCCUCUAACUACAGAAGAUUAUGUUCAUAGAAUUGGGCGGACUGGGCGAGCUGGUAAGAAAGGUGUUGCCCAUACAUUCUUCACACAGCAGAAUAAGGGACUUGCUGGGGAGCUGGUGAAUGUUUUAAGAGAAGCUGGGCAAAAUGUGCCAGAUGCCCUCUUGAAAUUUGGCACACAUGUCAAGAAAAAGGAGUCCAAGCUUUAUGGGGCCCACUUCAAGGAAAUUCCUGUUGAUGCUCCGAAGUCUCAAAAAAUAACAUUUGACAAUUCUGACGAUGAAGACUAAAUGCUGUUGACUUAUUAUUCCCUUUUCUGGUCUAAUUAUUUAUUCCUUUAAAAGGAAAUAAGAAUAAUUUGAGUUAAAAAUAGAUUAGCGAGUCUUUUCCUGUUGUAGCAUGUGCUGAUCAGUACUUGGAAGCUUGUGUUCUCUUCACUUUUCUGAGAUGAUGAUUUUGAAUUCACGUGUAUAUUUUUAGCAUCUAUUGUCUUCUAACGUUUAAAAUUUUAGAUUUUACAGUUUUGAUUGAUUUAUUUACGUCGA